AUGGUUCUCAAACUCUAUGGCUCUGCUAUGUCCUUUUCCCGUGUCUUGGUCACAAUUCUAGAGAAGGACCUCCCGUAUGAGCACAUCCUCGUUGAUAUUGCCAAGGGAGACCAGAAGAGCGAGGCCUACAAGAAGUUGCAGCCCUUUGGGAAGGUGCCUGUGUUGGAUGAUGACGGGUUUCUUAUCUUUGAGAGUAGGGCUAUUUGCAAGUACCUUGCACGGCAAGUCUUUCAAAGUCGUGCUUCGAAUUACACUUCCGGUCCGAAAUUGAUCCCAGGGGGCGAUGAUAAGGCCUAUGGUCUCUUCGAACAAGCUUGUUCUGUCGAACAAAGCUAUUUUGCAGCCGCUUCUGAAACAAUCGGAACUGAGAUUGUAAUCAAAAAAGUGAAGGGUCUUGGUCCGCCAGAUGAAGCAAGAGUCGCUCAAGCCGAAGCUGAUCUUGAUGAAGUUUUCGCUUACUAUGACAGGCUUCUAGCUAAACAGAAAUAUCUUGCGGGAGACGACCUGACCUUGGUUGACUUGUUUCACUUGCCUAAUGGGUCGGCUUUGAAGGCAUUUGGAUACAAGGGAACAUUUGAAAAGUAUCCGAACGUGGAUAAGUGGUUUACGGGGUUACAGGAGAGGGAGACGUGGGUCAAGGCUGCAGCACUGGCGGGCACCGCGGCAUAA